UAUAAGGGCGCCACCAUCCCAGCCACCCCCAUCGGCCCCCGUCAUGACAGCACUCAGACUGCUGGGCCUGCUGGCCAGCCUGCUGGCGACCUCCAGGGCUGGCUCGGCCCCGCUGGCGGACAUCGUGGGUGGCAGGGAGGCCCGGCGGCAGGAAUUCCCAUUCCUGGCCUCCAUUCAGACCCAAGGGCGGCACUUCUGCGGGGGCGCCCUGAUCCACCCCGGCUUCAUCCUGACAGCCGCCAGCUGCUUCCAAAGCCGCAACACCGGGACUGCCACUGUGGUGCUGGGGGCCCACAACCUGAGGCAGCGGGAGAGGUCCCGGCAGACUUUCUCCAUCAGGAGCAUCAGCGAGAACGGCUACAACCCCCAAGAGAACCUGAACGACGUGCUGCUGCUGCAGCUGGACCGUCAGGCCAACCUCACCAGCAGCACCGUGGCAGUGGUACCACUGCCCCCACAGAAUGCCACGGUGGAAGCUGGCACCAACUGUCAGGUCGCAGGCUGGGGCGCCCGACGGCAGAGAGGGCGUCUCUCCCGAGUCCCAAGGGUCGUGAACGUCACUGUGACCCCGUCGGACCAGUGUCGCCCGAACAAUGUGUGCACCGGCGUCCUCACCCGCCGGGGCGGCAUCUGCCUGGGGGACGGGGGCACCCCCCUCAUCUGCGACGGCCUGGCGCACGGCGUGGCCUCCUGGUCCCGGGGGCCCUGUGGCAGGGGCCCCGACUUCUUCGCCCGCGUGGCACUCUUCAGAGACUGGAUCGACUCGGUUAUAAACCAGCCAGUCGGAUCCCCACCCUGGCCCGCGCAGUCGUGA